AUGGAUGGUGCUCAACUGAGUAAAAAGGUGCAGAAAAGAAACAGGAUACCAUUAUCUUGUUCGAACUGUCGGCGCAAAAAGAUAAAAUGCGACCGGCGUAAACCAACCUGCAGAGUAUGCGAGGCACACAAGAUCACAAAUUGUCAAUACUUCGAAGAAACUCUAAGUUUAGGAAAUGGUGAUGCCGGUAUGUUUGUGAAGUAUAUAACCGAAAAUAAAAAUUCCUCAGAUGAAUCAGGAUUGAGUACUUUUGACAUCAAUAUUAAGACGAAUAGCAAUACAAGUCCACUCCAAAAGAAAGAAACAGAUGUGUCGGCUGAGCUAAAAAUGCUCAACGACAAAAUCAAAAGGCUUGAAUCUCUGAUUCCUCAGUCGACGGGUACAAACAACAUAUCUGAGUCUAAAGCUGAUGCGCUUCCAUCUGUAUUUCCAUCUCCAAAUCUAUAUAGUCAGGUUAGUUUAGAUGAUGAGAAAAAUGAUAACUUGGAAAUGAUACGUCAGCUUUGUGAAAAACUCAGAAUAAGCGGAAAAGUCAGAAUUGGUAUAUACGAUGGCGUAGAUGCAAAACUUUUUGCUAACGCAAAAAUUGGAAAUGCCGAACCUUUUUCUUGGGCAACAAUAGUUGUCAAGGAUCCCUUCUCCACUCCUUUAUGGCAAGCAGUUGCUCGUUAUCAACAAACGAUAAAAAAUACCUUCAGAACUUCACCAUGUCCCGUGAAGUCUAAUUUGCUUAGCAAUCACGGGAUUGAUGAGAAAAAAGAUCACUGUUUUUUAGGUAGGAAAAUUCUGGAUCUUCUUCCUAAUAAAAGAGCUAUUUGGCUAUUCAUAGAGAGAUUCUUCAGAUAUGUUUAUCCAUUUCUCCCUUACCUAGAUCAAUCCUCCUUCAUUGAGGAUGUAGAACGAAUAAUUAAUGGAAACCACAUUACAGAUUUGAAAAACGAAGAGCUAGUGACUAAACUAACAUUGUCUCAACAAACUGAUACUGCAAUUUUAGGUUCCUUGAUGGUCGUUAUAAUGUUUGCUUAUGAAUCUUUGCUCGACAAUACUGGAAAUUUUCAAGACUCGGGCGACUCAACACCGGACGACGUAUAUUUAUCAAAAAUCCCACAAUCUAAUUUAUUGAUCAAUUGCACAGAAUCGUGUUUGAAUGAAUUCAGGCUACUCAAGAGAUGUCAAUUAUCUGUUCUUCAAUGUGCCUUACUUUUGGAAGAGUAUCAAAAAGUAGACAGUUUCCAGUCGUUUGGAGAAAGUGAUUCCCACAUAUAUACUGGUUUAUUAAUUCAAAUGGCAACCACUAUUGGGCUAAACAGAGAUCCAGCAUUUGGAGGAGAAUCAAACAAUAGUAAAAAUGACCUUCUUCGGAGAAAAAUAUGGUAUGGGUUGAUUGCGGGAGAUAAUCAUCAAUAUAUGCAAACUGGAAUUCCUCCUUCAAUAUAUCCUGAUCAUUAUGAUACCAAGCUUCCUUGGUUUGAUGAAAAAGUAUCAAACAUUGCUGACUUGGAACUAGAACGUGUGACAAUUGAUAUGAUGAGAAAAAAAUUUCUAGCUGGACAGGAAAUGAGAAAACUUGCAGAUUUGGUAACAAAUAUGCGUGAAAAUCCAACGAUAGAAGAUCUUCUAGUCAGUACGUCGGGCUUAAUGUUUCAUUUACGUCACAGAUUAGGCUCAUUCGACACAAUAUUAAUGAUGGAUCACCAAAACUUACACUAUAAAAAAGUUGAGAAGACUUUGUAUAUGAUAAUGUAUUUGCAUGCGCUCUCAUUGUUACAACCAGUGUUCUUACAUAUUUUUUACUAUUGUCAGCAAAUCCGUCACUUUGAUGCCACGACGUUUUUUUACAAUAAAGUGCUAAGCAUCUGGAUGUUUGUGAUUGGUAACCUCCAUAACUUAGUGUAUUCUAGCAGUAAGUAUUUUGGGACCGGUUUUGAUCUUUUUUUGGUCCCUAUCGUCGAGCUUGUGAUGCAUAAAGGGGUUAUCAUUUUUACGAGCUCAUACAUAAAAGCCUUGAUUGCCGGUAAAAAACUCCAGAAGUCUAAUGUAAAAAAUGAAGAGUUGAUUAAAGAGAUUGAGUACUACAAAAGUGAGAUUAUUAUGAAAUUAUUUAUCGAUGUCCACCUUCCAAUAUUAAAGCAUUUGUGCAAAAGAUAUUUCUACUGCUGGAAACUUUUGAAAGCGCACUCGUUUAUAUUCAAAAGCAUCAAGGAAGACUCUAUUGAUUAUAGUGAGAAAUUUCAUUUAUUCAACUUCAUGGAAUUCUUCACGGCGAAUAAUUUUAGAACUUUGAUUCAGAUCUCCAACUGGAAAUACUACAAGGCUGAGAUAGAAAUGCCAUCCUGGCUAGUCGGCUGGCUUCAAAAUUAUCGAAGAGAUAUUUACUAUAUUCCGGAAAAUGAACCUAUGUCUGUUGGUAAGAGUAUUAGCUCCGGAAGUGACAUAUCGUUAUCUAAUGAUUUGCUGGAUGGGCUGGCUAAUGAUUUGUCUUACAAGCAAUCCUCUUUAUCUAACGAGAUUGAGCAUAAUCAGUUCACUACGAUUGAUACAUCUUCAAAGAACAACGGUAAUGUCUGUGGUUCUACUAUUUUUAACCCAACUUUGGAAAAUGUGAAUGAACUAAUACCGGAGAACAAUAUGGGCGACUUCUUUUCCUCGUUGGGACUAAGCUUUGAUGAACUACUUUGGCUUGACUGA